AUGUUCCAAAUCGACGCCAACAACCUGCCUUUUGUGCAGACUCGCCAGGCCCUGCUUCUCCUCGACCUGCAGAAUGACUUCCUGGCUCCUGAUGCCGCCCUGCGUGUGAAGAACCAUUUAGAAUUCGUGGAAAAGAUUGCCAAGCUUGCUCCGGAGUUCAGACCUUCGGGCAAUCUCAUAUGGAUCCGUACCAACUUCGAGGGUUCGAGGAAAGUCAACGAGCCCUACGCAGACAGUGAGAGUGUUAUCACGAACGCGCAGCUGAACCAGGCGGAGCCGUGUGGAAGGUCUUCUAAGCCCCGGGAGGAAAAGGGAAAGGAAUUGCAAAGCCAUGGGCAGGCCGCGAAGAGCAGUCCGGUACUAGCUUCGGACGACGACGACGAGGACGACGAGGACGACGAGGACGACAAGGACGACGAGGACGACGAGGAUGACGAGGACGACGAGGACAUAGCGGAGACGUAUCUGACCAUCGAGCCGGACGAGGAGCCCCAGGUCGUCUUGGCCAUGUCGCCAGGGACAAACCUCGCCGAGAUCGCUAUCCGGAUAUUUGACUUCAAGAAGGAUGUGGUCAUGCAGAAGAGCUACUACUCGGCUUUUAAGGAUGGAACCCUGUUGCAAAUAUUGCGGGCGAGAUUUGUGACGGAAAUUUACAUCUGUGGUGCUCUGACCAACAUCGAUGUAUUCGCGACAACAAUGGACGCGGCUCGCCAUGGCUAUGGGAUCACGAUCAUUGAAGAUUGUCUCGGGUAUCGAAGUAAAGCAAGACACGAUGAAGCUCUGCGCCGGCUGGUCGAAUUCACCGGCUGUGCAGUAGUAACAAGUGAAGAACUUGUGAAGGAUUUGAGAAAAAGUGCGAAAAAAGCGGAGGCUCCCGUGACCGGGAGGAGGCCGCCGCCGUCUUCCAGGACGAGUGCCAGGACGAGUGCCAGGACGAGUGACAAGGCUCUCGGUCUUGAAGGUUUGAUGUCCGGUCUGAGUUUGCGAUCGGAUAGAUCACCCACUUCGAACAGCAGUGUCUCGGGGUCACGGACUCUCAAGGUGACCGAAUCUCCUGGAGACUCGCACAGGACUGAGGAUGAUGACCCUGACGGUCUGCCGCGCCCAACAAACCCUACUGAAGGCGAUGGAAAGAAGCGUGAAAGGGUCAAGACGAAGGUGAAAUCAAGGCGACGUCUGUCGAAUGCGUCCAAGACAACUGCGAGUGGGUCGAGCGAUAAAGGCCCAGCAUCCUCGACUUCCGCCUCUCUGCGGGCGCCUUCAGCACUUUCGAAAAUGCCAAAUCCCAUCGUGGCGACAGCAGCAUCUGCUUCCAGCUUGGCGAAACCCUCGCGUACUUCUGGUUCGAAUCCGAAGCCAGAGACCGAGAUGGACAGGCCGAUGAUUUCCAGCGAUGCCAUCUCAGUCCAUGCGAAGGACGCUGUCGAGGAGCACGAGUCGGUCAGUGACGAUGAGAAAUCUGUACUGUGCGAGGGUGACACGCAAAUCAUCAAGAACCUCCUUGAUGAGGACCUUGCCCGGAGUACUUUCGCCACUAUCCGAGAUGAGGUGCGAUGGCAAAAAAUGUCUCACCAGGGUGGCGAGGUCCCAAGGCUUGUCGCCGUUCAGGGCGAGGUUGCGAAAGAUGGAACUAUGCCAGUAUAUCGACACCCAGCUGACGAAUCUCCACCGUUGCUACCAUUCUCAACCACCGUCUCGCUUGUGCGAACGCAAGUCGAGAAGCACCUGGGGCACCCGGUCAACCACUCGCUGAUUCAGUUCUACCGAGACGGAGCAGACCACAUCUCGGAGCACACCGACAAGACCUUAGAUAUCCGUCCAGAGACAUGCAUUGCGAAUGUCAGUCUUGGGGCUCAGAGGACCAUGGUCUUCCGAACCAAGAGGCAGAAGACCAAUGAUGCAGUUGCUGCCCAGGUAGCGGAACCUCGAAAGACAUGCAGAGCAUUACUACCCCACAACUCAAUGUGCAAGAUGGGUCUGGCCACAAACAUGCGCUGGCUGCAUGGCAUUCGACAGGACAAGAGGUUGCCGAGCCAGAAGAUGGCUGAAGAUCUGGCCUACCAAGGCGGUCGUAUCUCUCUGACAUUUAGACAGAUUGGCACAUUCCUUGACAAGGACCAGCAGAAGAUAUGGGGUCAAGGAGCCACCGCGAAGACCAAAGACGAGGCCAGGAUAGUAAUCAAUGGGAGUACACCUGAGGCCGAGAAAAUGCUACGGGCGUUUGGCAAGGAAAACCAGUCGACUGAGUUUGAUUGGGAGGCUGUGUAUGGUGAUGGUUUCGAUGUUCUCCAUAUCUCUAACACGCCGAAGCUCUUCCUAUCCGGCGACUCUACAGCAGAUUUAAGUGUGAAGCUGUACCUCGCUGAGCACGGUAUCGAAUACGAAGAAGGGAUAUUCUCGCCGCCCUUCACCUGGAAGGACGGUAGUGCCUUCAAGGACGCGCCCGACAUACCCGAAGUCCUCCCAAUUAAAUUCAUCGACAACGACCACAGCAGAUCUACUAUCGUCGGCGACCUUGCCAUAAUGCUCUACAUUUCCUCAGUCUACGGGCCGUCAUCUCCCAUUCCGCCCCCUACAUCGCCGGUCGACCUCGCCCGCCAGUUCACACGUCUCCAGCAGUCCUCUGAGCUCCUCCGGAAAUGGCGCGCGCGUCCCUUCCACGUCAAACCGUUUCAGAAAGAGUUCAGGCUGUGGGAAGGGUAUGCCUUGGAAGCGCCAUACAUGGGAGGCGAGAGGCCGACGCUGGCUGAUUUCGCGUUACUCCCAAUCAUCGAGGAGAUACGGAACGAGUGGGAGAAUGCUGAGGGGUUCCUGUAUCUGGUGGCAUGGUAUCUGAGGAUGAGACAUCGUGAAGCGGCCAUGCGUGUCAUGGGGCCUCUUGAUAAGGUCAGUCUGGAGCGGAAGAAGGAGCUUGAGGCAAUGCCGACGAUGAUAAGGUGGGAUUAG